CCUAAGCGGAUCCCUGCGCCACUGGUCUGGAUAAACUCUCUUUGCAAUUCGGAGCGACUCCGAUAUUCUGCAGCCAUGGCCAGCCGCGUUGUGAAGUCUGUGCUCGAUCAGGGCAGUAGGAGGGUGUGGUCUCCAGUCUCCAGAGCUGUGCGGGCGAUGUCAUCAGGGACGGGGUCUGGGGCUAGCCCCUCCCACACCUACGAGACGCUGCGGGUGAGCCAACCACGACAGAGUGUGAUCCACGUGGAGCUCCACCGGCCCGAGAAACGAAAUGCCAUGAACCAAGCGUUCUGGAGGGAGAUGGUCGUGUGUGUUGAUUGUGUGUUGAUUAUGUCUUUCAGGGAGAUGGUUCCUGCUAGGGGCACUGAGAGCCCCCCUGGCCUGCCAUUGCGAGUGUGCCUGAGCGCUGACCUCAUGAAUACAGAACUCUGA